AUGUAUUCCAAAAUCCCCAAGGCACAUCGUUACAGCAUUCAGGCUGCCUCGCCUCAAACGAUCCAGCCUUACUAUUCAGAUGGUAUACCGCGCGAAAUCCUCGAUAGCGAUGUACCAGACCUCAGCUAUUUUUUGAACCUCCACUCGGCAGAUCCCGCCUUUGAGGACUUGAGAAUGGUAUGGGACGAAGAGCCCAACAUUCUCGAUCCGGAAGGUCUACUGCCCUACGCUCCGCUCGAACACGACGAUUCUCUCAACAGAAGUUCUCAUUUAGCAUUCAUCAGUCUUGAGAAAUCUCUGGAAAACGAUUCCUCAUGCUCUGUGGAGGCGCCUAUACCUUAUGACCAACUGCCAGCGAAGCGUGCCGAAACUGGGUAUGUGUCGAUCAGCCCGUACGAUUCUACCUUGAAAUCCAUUGCAAUGUUACCACAGAAGGCGGGUAGACGAUUGAAACCCGAGGCUGCGCAAAAAAAUCGGCGAAAUCGCAUAUCGUCGGAGAAAAGAGCCACAUUAGAGCACUACUUCCAACGAAAUCCAUACCCAAGCAGAUCUGAUAUCGAUACCAUAGCUCAGGAGCUAACGUUACCUCCGAAAACUGUCAAAAACUGGUUUAGCAAUGCAAGGGCUAGAAAAAAUCCUGAACGUAGUCUUGUGGGACAGGAGCCCUGUAUUUCAGCUAUCGAAACCUCGCCUCACCCAUACCCUAAUACACCUCUUGGUUCUAGACAAAGCUGUACUGCAGAGGGAAAUGAGCAAAAUUGCACUUUUGAAGAGGGAAUUGAGAUAUUUACUGCGACAUCACCCACCCCAAGCAACAUAUCUUUGGAACGGUACUUGGCUUCAUCGCCGGAAGAGGAGCCCGUCUCCAUAGAAGCCAUCGAAGCAAACAUGGCCCCUGGCACACUCCCUUCAUCAGACACGGUGCCACAGCCAUGUUCCCCGCUAUCGGAAUUCGGAUCCUUUGGAGACGCUUAUAGUAGUGCAGGAAGCUACAGCUCAAACAUCAGUGUUGAGUCUGCCGCAAGCUACGCCUCGGCUACUAGCCGGAGUUCUCGGAAAGGCCGUAGGCGAUGGCCUCAUCCUCCGAAGGCCCGGCCAUUGCCUUCUUCACCACUCCCUUCCUGGGAUCUGCCCUCUCGGCUCCCUCCGCUCCUGUCUUCAAACCCGCCUUCGUGUCCACCUUCCCCUAGCCCAAAUACUGUUGCCCGCACACAAUUUCCUUGUACCGUCCCUGACUGCUCGAGAGUAUUUACAACUCAAUAUGAGUGGCUACGUCAUGAAAAUUCCGUACACUAUGCCGUAAAGACGUGGGUGUGCUGCCGAACACCAAUUUCAGUUGAUGGGAAUGAUCAAAAAGUGGGGGACCAAGAUCUCGAUAUGGGGGAGCAGUUUUGCAAAACGUUCUCCAAGUGCCUGCAGAAACCAGAAUCAGAACGUACGUUCUCCCGGAGAGACCACCUCGUCCAACACCUUCGAAAUUCCCACCAGCAAGUUCCUGAGACUGUGGUCACACAGAUGGCGACCCAAUGGGAACAGCAAGCAGAUGUGUCUAGCAACGAACAUCUGGGCUGCUACGCUUGUGAUGUUCAAUUCGAAACUUGGGAAACCCGCAAAAAGCAUUUUUCCAGACACUUCAACGACGGACUCUUUAUUUGGACGAAGGAGCAUGUAGCAAGAACUCGCGGGGUUGCGAUCACUCCACCUAGCGUGCCAGAGAAUACACCUGCACCAUUUACCUGCCCAUUGUGCAGUACUACAUUUACGUCAUUCCCCUAUGCUCUUACGAGGCACGGAUACUGCAAAGCUUGGUCAUGCGAGUUUCUCGAAAGUCCAAACUCCAUAUGGGCCCCCGCAACUUUGCAAUAUGAUCGGUGUAAGUUGUGCUCUGUAACGAUCCCUGUCCUCGGUGAUCUCACGGAACCUAUGCGUUUGGAGAAGCGGGCCCACUACGAAUCACACAAGUUGCAGACCUGUACGCGGGGACCAUUCACCAGUUUCCAAGAAUUUUGCGCUCAUCUUCAAUAUUGGCAUAAUGCGAGAUUGCGCCAUCCGAAAGAAAAAGACUUCGCGGCCUGGGAGUGUGGCAUCAAGUCGUCCUAUUCCAGUGAUCUUCCCGAUCCAAAUAUUGGUGAUCCAGAGAUGUCGCCGCGUAUUCUAGACGGCGAAUACAUGUCUACGCCAUGAAAAAGAAGGAAGGCGCGAGGAGGAAUUGGCAAAUUGGAGAGUCAAGUAAUCAUGUUGGGUGAAAGAUGAAUUAGUAUCGAUCUUUGUAUAUUAACAGCGGCUUCGAUGGUCUUACUAGGUUUUCGGAAAUC